GAAAUAUCCGAGCGCUCCCGAAUGUCUCUCAACCUUGUGUUGCGUGACGUCCAGGAGAGACGUUCUUCCUGCCCUCGUCUUUGAACAGUUUAUCUCUUCUGCAGUUGUGCAUUCUCUGAGGUGUCGUUUUGGCCCCCUUUCCUCUCGUCGUUUGCUGGAUAUUGUUGAGCUUACCAGUAGCUCUUCCCCUGUUGCUGGAUAUUGUUGAGCUUACCAGUAGCUCUUCCCCUGUUGCUGGAUAUUGUUGAGCUUACCAGUAGCUCUUCCCCUGUUUGCUGGAUAUUGUUGAGCUUACCAGUAGCUCGUCCCCUGUUUGCUGGAUAUUGUUGAGCUUACCAGUAGCUCGUCCCCUGUUUGCUGGAUAUUGUUGAGCUUACCAGUAGCUCUUGCCCUGUUUGCUGGAUAUUGUUGAGCUUACCAGUAGCUCUUGCCCUGUUUGCUGGAUAUUGUUGAGUUUACCAGUAGCUCUUGCCCUGUUUGCUGGAUAUUGUUGAGCUUACCAGUAGCUCUUGCCCUGUUUAGAUUGUCAAGUCUGAAAAUUGUUUUUGGUCUACUGUUUCUCUUAAAACCUGUUUUCUGGAAUUUGAAGUUCAUCAGAAACUGUCAUCUUGUUCAGAAACCUGAGAGAACAGCUGCUCUCUUCCCAUCUCUGCAUUCCACAUCUUUUGAUUAAAUAAAAGAUUUGCAAAUACAUUUACUCAUUGAAGUGAACAUUUAUUUAGUCAGACUGAUUGAAAGGUAUUUAAAUAAAUAUCUUUUGUCCAUUUUAACUUUGUUGCAGACAUUGGAAUACCGUAUUCACUGAUUAAAUAUUUUACAUUGUGUGUCUGGUAUCACUAGCAGGCUUGAUAUAAUUGUGAAGUGGGUUUGAAUUGAGGUAUUAUUAGUAAAUUUGAUAAAUUCAUAAUACCUUCUGAUUUUAAGGAUCAUUACUUAAAGGGUACAUAUUUUAUACUAUAUAACUCAUUAAGUUUUGUUGUUUCAUUUGUGUUUAACUUUACUGACAAAAUCUAUUGAUUAACCUAUUGAUUAAUCUAGAUGUGUGCAAAAUAUAGCAAAUAGAAAUACAUUUACUGACUCUAAAAAACUUUGAUUUUAUUUUAUCCUGGAAGAUCUUAUUUUCUGUGCUUAAGUUAAUUUUGGACUGCUACAUUAAUUAAAUAUUAGACUAUUUCAACCUUACAUUUAACCUUAAAUUUCUCAUAUUGAAUUAAACGUGCUUAAAAUAACUGGUGGUUUGUUAGUGUUUUCAGCUUGAAUUUGAUUAUUGCUGUGUCUAUAUAUAUAUAUAUAUAUAUAAAGCAAGUGUUUGUAGUAUUCCACAAUGCCUAGGAAAAGUCAGAGGUCCCAGUCUCAGAAGCUUAGGAGGCAAUUGGAGAAAGAGCGAGCAGAUCUUUUUCAGAGCAGUGAGAUUGUAAAUGUGUGCCAUUCAACAACUUCAAGUCCUUACGUCCAGUGCGGUGAUCAACCCAAAAGUGCAAUGUCUUAUGCAGAUGUGGUAAAAAAAUGUAGUCAAACGUCAUAUGUGCCAGAUUCUAAAGUACAGCAGGUAAACCAGAGUAAACUCCAGGUAACAAUCCCUGUAAGCGUGCAUAGACAGCAUCAUGGAGAAUCUCCAGGACCAUCUAAUCGACAAGCGAUGACCUGUGAAAGUCGGCCACCAGUGAGCAUCUGUGCGUCCUGAAGUCAGGCUUCUACUAAGUAUGGAAAGUACAGAAAUAGGCAGUGCAUGGUUAACAGUUUGGUUUUCCUAUCAUUUCUCCAUGAGGAUGAAUUUAUUACCAGGGAUGAUCUUAACCGCGUGUUGGAUAAAGGUCAUGCUGUGUAUUCAGACGCUAGACGGACAUAUGUGAACAGUGUGUUUCUAGCCUGCGAUGAGCUUCCUGCCGUGGUUAAAAGCCGCAGUCAUGAGUAUGAUGUGGACAUGUCUCAGCCCGCUCAUUAUGGAACAUUUGAUGGUACAGAUCACCUUAUGAGCAUUGAACAGGGACUACAGUGUUUGACAUCAGAGGUUCACUAUGCUUUACUAGUCAUGUUGGGAACAUGUAUCGCAGUUUGCAGGCUGAGUUCGGGUGAAUAUGCAUAUUUUGACCCUCACCCCCGCAAGUCUACAGGAAUGCCAUUGCCUCCAGGUAUUAGUGGUGGGAAAGCAGUUAUGCUGAAAUUCACACGUCUCAAUGACAUGAUUGACAGGAUCAAAUGCUUGUACAGAAUGUUUAGCAUUGCCCCAGACUGCACUUAUGAGCUACAGCCUAUCACAUUUCACAAUAAAAAUUUAGCCAUCCAAAUUAAUGCAACACAAGCUACAGAAAACAGACAAACUGCUACAUGUGUUGAGACACAAACAUUAGAUGAACCUGUACAUAUAACUACUGGUCAGACACAAAACAUUGGGAAUGAAACUUUAACAACUGAAGUGUCAACAUCCAUGGUGGAUUCUCCAAAUGAGACACCCAAUGCAGAGAUAAACCAUUGUCUGUCUGAUUUAGAAAGUCAAAUACUGUUAUCCUCUGUGACAGAAAUGCAGGGAACAUCACACUCUGUUUCUCACUCUGUUUCUCACAAUGAUUUAAACACUGACUCUUGUUCAACCCAGAAACUCUCAAAUAAACUGUUGAAACGUAAUAAACAGGAAAGGAUAAAACUAAGGAGGAGGCUGUUGGCUGCAAAAACACUACCACAGAGAAAGGAAAAUCAGAAAAAGAAAGAAAAAGAGCUGUACACAUCUGUUGAAAGUUUUAGAACAAAGAAAAAGAACUCCAGUAGAAAGUCUAAUGAUCCUGAUCACAGAGAGAAAAAGAGGCUGUACAAAAUUAACCUCUAUAAAUUAAAUGCUACAUACAAAGAAAAACAGGCAGAGCAAAUGAGACGGGAAUAUAGAGAAAGAGCUGAAGUUGCAGAGAAAAAAAAGGAAUAUGUCAGACAACUGUAUAAUGAAAGUCCUUUGUAUAGGCAAAAGCAAAAACACCGUGUUAAUACUACAUAUAGGAAGUCUGCUGAACUGCAAUACAAGAAGAAACAGAGGAUUAAACAACUCUACAAAGAUUCUCCAGUAUUUAGACUGAGACAGAAACAGAGGAUUAAACAACUCUACAAAGAUUCUCCAGUAUUUAGACUGAGACACAAACAGAGGAUUAAACAACUCUACAAAGAUUCUCCAGUAUUUAAACAGAAACAGCAAGACUAUAUCAGAAAUAGUUACCGAAUGAGUGCUGCAUUCCGAGAAAAAUAUAAAGCUCACAUGAGGUUGUAUGUAUCUAAGUUAUAUAAAGAAAGUGAUGCGUUUAAACAGAAAAAAAGGUCUUACAUCACUAGACGCUAUGGAGAAGACAAAUUUCAGCAACAACACAAGAAAAAUAUGAGAGAAAGAAUGAAAGAAAGAUACUGGAAAAGUUAUUCUUUUAAACAAAUGCAUAAUAUCAACUGUGCUAUAAAGAUUAAAAAUAAAUAUCGUCAAAUGCAUCGACCAGCUGAAAGCUUCCAAUGUCAGCCAGAUAGCUUAAUUAAUGAGGCCAUUUCACUUUUCAGACAAAACAUUAAAUGUGCACCAUCUUAUGUUUGUACUGUUUGUGUAAAAGCGUCUUUCCCUAAUCAGGUGAAAAUCUGCAAGAGGACAAAUUAUUCAAAGCAUCAAGCUGUAGCACAGCAAUGUCUAACUGGGAAAUUUGUUCAUGUUUGUGAUGAAGUAUGUAGUGAUCACUGCAGCUUUCCUGUUGAGAGAAAAAAGGAGUAUAUCUGUCACACAUGUCAUUCUUCUCUUAAAAAGGGAUGUAUGCCGAGGCUUGCUGCAGCAAAUAGAUUAGAACUCAAGGAUAUUCCAGCUGAACUGUGUGAUCUGAACAUUUUGGAGAGACAUCUGAUUGCCAGAUGCAUACCAUUUGCUAAGAUUAUCCCACUUCCAAAGGGCAGACAAAGACUCAUACGUGGUAGUGUGGUGUGUGUUCCAUCUGAGGUCCAAGAAACGGUUAACAGUUUACCCAGACUAAGAAGUGAGUCCCAGGUCAUGAGAGUCAAACUGAAAAGACGGUUGUGCUACAAAGGUCAUCAGCUGUUGCAGACGGUCACCUGGUCUAAACUGAUCCAAGCAUUGCAAAAACUAAAACACAUUCAUCCACAGUACACGGAUAUUAAUAUCAGAGAUGAUGCAUUACUUUGUGAUCCAACAUUACCUGAUGAGGACAGUUGUGAUGAUUUGGGAAGUGAUGAUUAUGAUGAUACCGAUUUAAUGGAAAUUGACAGGUAUGAAAAAGAUGCUCUGUGUGAAAGUGAAAAUGAUAUUGACAAGUCAUCCAGUGAUGAAGAACCAGCGGAACAAAACCUAGAGGAACCAGAAAGUGAUCUGCAGAAUGGAGGUUUUGCUUUAGAAAGUUGCUUGCAGCCUGUAGACAUUUCAGAAGAAAUUCUGUGUUUCAGUGAUAACACAUAUUGUGUUGCUCCUGCUGAAAGAAACAAUCCCAUUAGUUUUUUCAGAACUCCUCAUUUGGAAGCCAUGGCAUUUCCUGUGCAGUUUCCUACAGGUCAGAACACACUGGAUGAAACGAGACCUCUUAAACUUACACCAAGUGCUUACUUCAAAUCAAGGCUUUUCAACAUUGAUGGGAGAUUUGCUAAAGAUACGAAUUACCUGUUUUUCUCACAGUUUGUGACUGAAAUACACUUGGCAAAUUCCAGCAUGAUGAUACAGCUAAGAAAAGGUAAAACUAUGACCAAAGAUGGACGGAAAAUAACAGCAGGAAUGUUACAAAGUAAGACAGAAGUUGAGAAGCUGGUUAGAAAUAAAGAUGCAAUCAGAUUCAUGCAGCCACUCAGAGGAACUCCUGCUUACUGGGAGAAAACGACUCGAGACCUGAUGAGCAUGCUACGCCAGCUUGGAACUCCCCAAUUUUUUGUUACGUUCUCUGCUGCUGAGAUGCGAUGGCCUGAAGUGAUUGAGGCAAUAAAGAGACAGCAAGGUGAAGAGGUUGAUUUUGAAGCACUUAACUGGUCAGAAAAGUGUGACAUUUUAAGAUCAAAUCCAGUAACCACUAUGAGAAUGUUUGAUAAGCGUGUUGAGGCUUUGUUUAGAGAUUUGCUGUUUUCACCCGCAAAGCCACUUGGAGAAAUUAUUGAUUACUUCUACAGAGUUGAGUUCCAGCACAGAGGUUCCCCUCAUAUUCACAUGCUGAUAUGGAAUACUGAAAAGGUAGACAUAGAAGUGGAUGAUGAUGAAACUGUUUGCAAUUUUGUAGACAAAUAUGUCACAGCUCAACUACCUAACCCAGAAAAGCAACCUGAACUGUACAAGAAAGUCACUGAACUCCAGAAACACAGCAAAAACCACACAAAGACAUGUUUUAAAAGCUUGAAUUCUGGUUGCAGGUUUGGGUUUCCAAAACCACUAGCUACAAAAACAAUGAUUAUCAGGCCCGAUGAGACGGCAGACACUGAAGCUGCAAAGGAUAAACUCAGACCAUUGAUGAACCUGCUGAAUGAACCUGAAACUGCUUCCUUCACUAUAGAGCAGAUCCUGUCACGAUGCAACUUGACAAUGUUUGAAUAUGAACGAUGCCUCCAAGCCAUAAACAAAAAAACUGUUGUAAUUCUGAAACGUGACCCAAAAGACUGUUGGAUCAACAAUUAUAACCCACACCUGCUUGAAGCCUGGGAUGCUAACAUUGAUGUUUCCUUUGUAGUAAAUGCUUAUUCUUGUAUUCAAUAUCUCACAAAAUACAUAACUAAGAAAGAAAGUGGGCUUUCUGACUACUUGAAGACAGUUAUUGAUAACUCUGACAAGAACACAGUCAAUGAAUGCGAUGAAAUGAGAGCUGUGAUGCAGGCUUACUCAAAAAAGAGAGAAAUCAGUGCCCAGGAAUGUGUAACUCGAGUCUGUGGUUUAAAAAUGAAACAAUGUUCCCGCAGUGUUGUAUUUGUACCAACAGAUGAUAUUCCAAUAAAAAUCAGUCGGCCCAUGAGGUAUCUUGAAACCGUAACAGAUGACAGUUGGAAUAUUUGGAUGACAAGUUUGAGUGAUAAAUACAAAUGCAGGCCUGAGACACCAGAAUUUGAGGAAAUGUCGCUUGCUGAUUUUGCUGCCCUGUGCCGGUUUGUGAGUGGUCCAAAUGAAGGAAAAGAUGUUCUUCCUCUGCUAAACCAGCUUGGAUUUGUACAAAAGCGAAAGAAUAACAAACCAGCUAUAAUCAGAUAUUACCACUGUUCAGAGGAAAAGGAUCCAGAGCAAUAUUAUUGCCGUUUGAUGAGACUUUACCUUCCACACAGAUCAGAGCAGGAACUGAAACCACCAAGGUUCCAAACCUAUCAGUCCUUCUACAACUUUGGUUGGGUACAACGUCUAUGUUCAGACGACUGUGAGACUGUGAAAAGCAUUGUCAAGAGAAACAAAGAUAAGUAUGAGAAAAAUUCAGACGAGAUUGAGAGUGCAAUGGAAGAAUAUGAACAAAACAGAGACAAUGUGAUAGAUGAAUGGUGUAAUCUGGCUCCUGAAUCCGAUGUUGUGAGGUUACAGUGUGAUGAGAAUCUUACUGAGAGACAUUCUGAUGAGGAAAAUGAACAGGAAAAUGUCCCUGACUACAGUCGUCAUCAGUCUGAUGCCGUAACAGAAGUCAGAGCCAUCAGACAACAACCUGCAAUUGAUCCAGCUGUGUUACGCACAAUGUACCAGAACCUGAACCAGAAGCAGGCCUGUGUGUUCUAUGCUGUUAGAGACUGGUGUAUUCAGCGUGUUUGUGGUUUGAACCCAGAUCCAUUUUUCUUCUAUAUCAACGGUGGUGCAGGAACUGGAAAGUCACAUUUGAUCAAAUGUAUUCACUCUGAGGCAACAAAGAUCCUGAGCAGAAUGUCUACUCAUGCAGAGGAGGCUGACAUAUCAAAUCCAACUGUCUUAUUGACUUCAUUUACUGGAACAGCAGCUUUUUCUAUCAAUGGCUACACGUUGCAUUCGUUGCUCAAACUACCCAGGAGUCUAAGACCACCGAUUCAGGGACUUGGUAAUCAACUGGAUGAAGUCAGAUCUGAGCUUUUCAAUGCAGAAAUUAUUGUUAUUGAUGAGAUUUCCAUGGUUUCAAAGCCCCUUUUUGCUUAUGUAGAUGCAAGACUGAAGCAAAUUAAAGGCACUCAGAGACCUUUUGGUGGAAUGUCUGUUUUAGCUGUUGGAGAUUUUUACCAGCUGCCACCAGUGCGACAGUCUAAACCUCUCUGUGUGUAUGAUCCAGAACACAUUGACCUAUGGCAGGAACAUUUUCAGAUGAUCACACUUACUGAAAUCAUGCGUCAGAAAGAUGAUGUUGCCUUUGCACAGAUGUUGAACAGGAUACGUGUAAAAGAAAGAUCAGAGGAGCUUUCUCAGGGUGACAGAGAUUUAUUAGCACAAGCUGUGAUAUUACCAGCAGAAUGUCCAAUUGAGGUCUUACACAUAUUUGCAACCAACAAGAACGUGGAAGCCCAUAACACAGCUAUGCUUGAGAAGCUUCAUUCAAACAUUAUCAAAAUUGAUGCAGACGAUUUCCAAAAGGAUCCUCGAACGGGUAAAAUGGCACGAAGGGACAAACCAUAUACAGGUGGGCGAAAUGAUUUACCUAAUUCCCUGAAAGUUGCUGAAGGAGCCCGAGUCAUGCUAACCAGAAACCUAGACACACAUAACGGUUUGGUCAAUGGUGCUUUUGGUAACCUGAUGAAAGUGGUAAGAUCUGAAACUGAUGGACACAUAAUUAAACUUGGGCUUAGAAUGGACAACCAGCAAUCUGUGAGAAACAACCGCAGUGGUAGUGCAGCAUCUGAUGAUCUGGUUUAUGUUGAGAGAGCUGAGGAAAAUCUGAAAUUUAAAGGUGUGGUACGCAGACAGUUUCCUGUAAAGCUAUCAUUUGCCUGCGCAAUUCACAAAACCCAGGGUCUCACAACACAGACAUGUGUAGUCUCACUGAAGAACAUUUUUGAACCUGGUAUGGCUUAUGUUGCUCUCAGCAGGGUGACCUCUCUUAGUGGACUGUAUUUACUGGACUUGGAUGAAAAGAAGAUCUAUGCCAAUCCUGAAGUUAAUGCAGUGCUCCAGUCCAUGAGACAAGCCAGUGUUGAAGAAAUGAUGCCUCUUCUUCAGGUCAGAGAUAUAGCCUGCAGAGUUGACACUCUUACACUGAUCCAUCACAAUACAGAAGGUUUGCCAUCUCAUAUCAGUGACAUCAAGAGUCAUCAUGAACUGUAUCUAGCAGAUGUAUUGUGUCUCACUGAAACCUGCCUGCAAGGAUCUUUUGUUGCAGAUACUCUCCAUUUGGACAGCUACACCAUGUUCAAACGCAACAGACAUGUGUCCUACACAAACUUUCCUCAGGUUCAGGCACCAUUUCUUGUGCUGAUCGGGGUUGUGUACAGACCUCCAGACUACAGUUUGAGACCAUUCAUGCAAAACCUGGUAAGUCUUUUAGAUUCACUUGAAAUAAUGGAUUGUCAGCCAGUAAUUGUUUGUGGAGAUUUUAAUGAGAACCAGCUACUUGGAGGAAGAAAACCAAUUUUGGAGCUGUUUCAGUCCAGGGGGUAUGCACAGCUGAUCACUUCUGCCACCACAAGCAAGAACACCAUGCUUGAUCUCAUUUUCAUUUCUCAGCCACAGCAAAUUCUCAACUCUGGUGUCCUGAGAACAUAUUACAGUUACCACAACCCUGUUUUCUGCAUACUGGGCUCUAACCAGACAUGAAGACGUAUGUCUCAUCAGUGUUGGAGCACUCAGAUGUAACAUGAUACAUAUGGACUGCUGAUCUAUGACCAGAUGUUCAAAAAGACAAUGAGACACCCAUCAAAAGACCCUGGCUAACCCAGAAAACAUCACCAUGCUUCCACGCUCGACAUCACAAAAAGCAUCACUGAUGAAAUUAUGCAGACACCUCUACACUUCCUGCCAGGGAGUUCAGGGAUUCUCAAAGCAGAAGGAGGUAUAGAUGUCUUGAGUCAUUCACCUUUUCACAGCAGAGACCUUCAAAACCUCAAAAAUAAGCUUCUAAUAACAUUGAGCAACAAAUGGGUGUGAGACCACUUGGACCCUGGUUUUGUUCCUGGCAGCCCUUUUUAAGAAUAAGUUUCUUCUGUGAAGCUGCAUGUGAUUUUCUAUGACAACACAAAAGAGGCUUUGGUGUUGCCGUUUGACCACAGUGGUUGGAGCCAGUUUGUCUCAACUCUGCAUUGAUAAGACCUCUUGCUGUAAGAUGAUGAACUGCUGCAAAGCUGUCAUUUCCAGUUAGACUCAACCCUCUGUGUGGCAUCGGGUUUUUCAUUAAAGGCUUAAAAGACUUACCCUACAAUAUCCAGCAAAAACUGAGCAUGUGCAAGGAGGCAGUAGGUCAAAGAUCAAAUGAAAAUAGGCUUUUGGUCAUCUCAUUUCAUGUUUUACACUAGAAAGGAACACUUGGUUCUAGCUGCAUUUCCAGAUUUAACAUAUAACACACAUUUGAAACUGAACUAUGGUUAAGACGUUUGAUAUUACAGCACUCAAGGUCAACACUUAUCUACCUCCUUAGAUAUGAUCUAUUUAAUUUUUCAAAAAUGUAAAAAAUUUUUUUGGGUCUUUUUUUACCAUUGAAGGAUGAAUGUGAACAAAGAAAAAGAUUCACUUACCUAAACAAAUGAAUUUGUAAAUACAGAAGUGGACAGAUUUAGAUAUAAAUAGUUUAUAAAUGUAAAAGGCUGGAUUCAUACAAACACACUGCAUUAAAACUUCAAUUUUCAUUUGCAUAAUGUUUUGAAUUGUGCCAGAAUUGGUAACCCUAAUUGGUGUCUGUUGGUACGAAACUGUUUUAACAACACUGAAACUAUUGCUAUUUCAUAAAUAGUUACACAACCACAUAACAAUAAAACACAGUUAUUAGAAUGUUUAAGAAACUUUACCAUUGAAGCAUAUAAUGUGUUUGUGUGAAUUCUGCCUUAGUUUGGGGUGUCAGGUGGUGUACAGGUUUGAAAGAGGCUUUCUACAAUUUGUAAAGACCAGGCUGAAACAUAAGAAAAUCAAUUACUUCAGAUUACUUAUUUAGUGCUAAAUCACAACAAAUGUCAUCUCAAGAUCUAAAAACAAAAAAUAAAUCUUUAUACUUAAAAAAUAUAUAGUCAGCUCAAUCUAAUAUGAUGAAAUUCAAAGUUGAAUACAUAAAGUUUGACCUUAAUACAUAAAGUUUGACACUGUUUUGUUAUUCAAACUGGUAAAAAAGGUUUUCUAUCUAAGGAAACCAAGCCAAUUGCGUUGAGGCACUGACCUUUGUAGCAUCAUUCUUUCUGAACAAACAUAACACCAGUCAUAAAUAUGCUUUGACUCUUAUAAUAAAGUGUGAAAACAAAAUUAAAGUAUUUAGUGAUUAUUUAAAAAUUUUAAUCUUUCAAUUUUAAAGAUUAUUUAUGGAACUAAUAGAAAGUUCAUAGGAGUCACAUUUAGUGAUGUGUUUUCCUGUUCAUCAAGGAUUACAGCUGUGGGUUUCAGUCUGGGUUAGUGUAUUAUGUGAAAAGCCUUUGGACAUAUGUUAUUUUUUAAACUAUGUAAUGUUCUUCUCAUUGUGAUACAUUGGGUUGUGUUGUUUUUUUGUUUUUUUUCCCCAAGUUGUACCUAAAUGUGUCCCUGCUGAUCUAGCUAUGGGCAUCAACUGUUUAACUAUAGCGGAAACAUUUUAUGCCCUUAAUAUUCGCUUAUGAAUGCUAAUUUAAUUCAAACAGUAUUUUAAGGGCAUUUAAGAUUGUCAAAUAGUCCUGAACCUGAAAACAAAAUCAUUUGAAGUCGAAACUAAUUGAAAUAACAAAUGUUUAGACAGCUUAGCACAAUUGAGUUUAAAAUAAAUUGUUCGUGCUUGCCUUAAGGAAUGAGGAUAAAACAGUAUCAAGUAUGAAUGUAGUUGUUUUUUUUUUUUGUUUUUUUUUUUACAAUUUUCUGUUUUUAUAAUUUAUGUAUCAAUGUUUUUGUUUAAUGUUGUGCUCUUCUAAGAGCUGUAUACUGUAGGAGCAAACAGUAUGUUUACCAAUAAGGCAAACAAUCCUUUUUGACCCCACCUCUCUCUCGUUCUUGAUUCUUUUUUUCCCUUGACUAUAGGACCCAUUAUCUGUACACUGCAGAUACUGUUUUAAUGAACUUCAAUACACUGUCAAAUUUCAGUUCAUUCCUACAUCUUUAAAAAACCCAUAUGUAUUUUCUGUUGAUUUCAAGCAUAGGGAUACAGGAUAUGUUGGAAGAUGGAGAAUUUUGUUUUUCAUAAUUUUCUGCUACUCUUAACAUUUAGUAAUGAUUAAAAUGGCUUAUCUGUUACAUAAACAGUUUUCUUUUAAAAAAAAUUAGGCUAAACAUAAGGUUGAAACUGAAUUAUUCAAAUCAGUUUUAAAAUCCUGUAUCCCAAGAUUCAUAAAUUCCUCCUUUGGAAUUUGAACCUAGUAUAUUAGUUUGUGGUAAAUCAUCUGAUUGGGAUAUGUUCUGUUUCAUACAUUGUUGUAAAUCUUCUAAUUCAUCCCGUUUUUGUGGAAUAUUUAACUUUUUCCUAUUUUACAUUCAACACUCUUCAAUUAGACAAACCAGUUACCUUAUUUAAAUGCUCCAAACAUCCAUUUCCAAUAGUAUAGCAGUUUUAAUUUUUUUGUUUUUAUUUUAACGUGUGUAAAUAAAAUAACAUUUUUAAGACUCUGAA